GCAGAGAAGACAAGCGAUCUCAGUAUCAGUAAAGCUAAAAUAUCAGUAUCAGAUAUCAGUAAGAUGUGUCUAGCAAAUUAGUCACUGCGGCUCUAUUCUGGGAAGUUGUGGAAUUAUUUAUUUCUGGCAUUUUUAGUUAACAUGAUGCAUCCAGAGACUUUUAUUCAUGGGAAGUUGUUUUGAGAGAAAUUCUGUUAGACAAAAGGAGAAAGGCAAUUAAUUAAAGACCGGACUAAUGCAAUUACGUAUGCGAGAGUGCAAUUACAAACCUGCAGGAGCAUCAGUGUCAGCCUGUCGCCUACUCUCCUGGGUUUUCAUGGAAGAGAAUUACAUACUCCCUUGCGUAAGAGAUUAUUGCUUGAUGUUUGUUAUAAGUGACAAGUUUCUUUUGAUAUUUAUCUUUUACUAUGAUGUGUAUCAUAUUUAAAAGCUCUAAUAUUGAUAAUAAUAUAAUACAAUUUUAAUUGCUUACAUUAAACAAAAGUGUAAAGAAAACAUAUUUUUUGAUUAUCAUUUCCAUUCCCCUGCAAUUGCCUAAUGCCUGUUAGAAAAUCCAUUUUAAGAUGCUACUGUGUUGGCUUCUAGCUGGUAUAAGAUGGUGUAAGCCAAUCAUUUGCUGUUUAACCAGCUACCACUAUAAACUGGAUUUUCCAACAUACAGUACAUACAUACAUAGGACAUAAUGCUACAUACAUACAUAAAUAGUUUACAGCUUUCCUAUAGGCUCUUGUUGACUAACUGAAAAAUAUUUGACUGAUUUAAAUUUUUGUUGUUGUUGUUGUUUCCCGCCGGUUACGAUUUUGACCAGGAAUACUAGGCCUAUUUUCUUUUUUUUUUUCUUUUUUUUUUUUAUUAAAGAAAAGACGUAAUUCUUUCAUAAAAUACAUGUGCUCAUUCAGCUGAAAAAAAUAAAUGUUGCAAUUAAGUAGGAUGUAACUCAACGAGAACACGCCGCCAGUGAGCCUGAAAGAUGGACCGCGGAUGCUUCGCCUAUGCGGACACAGACUCAAGUGCUCCAGUAGGCUAGGAGCCGUUGGGAGUGUGUGUGUGUGUGUGUGUGUGUGUGUGUGUGUGCAGGUCUGCUCAUGCGCCCAUGAAGAGAUGCUGCUGCUGAUCAGAGGUGUGUGCGCUGCGGCGGGCUUAUUUACACCCGUUCAGGCACACUGCAUCAAAGAAAAGCUCUGGCGCUCCUUAGGAAAUGGACUUUCUAAAGGGAUUCAUGUGUCUUUCCGGUGAUACAUCUCAAGCUCUAAAUUUGCCUCAUCAGUCCCACAGGCUGUUCCUCCAAACAGUGUGGAAAGGAUUUAAACAGCCACAUUAUUGAAGAGGAUUUUCUGACUUAUGCAACAUCCACAUUCUAACUGCAUGUCAGAAAUGCCCCCUUCCAUUAAGUGGUGCAUUAGGCGGGCUGUCUGCUUGUCCUUUAUUCUUGCACUGAUCCCCAGGACCAGAGGAUCGACUCUGAAUUGUCACAAAAUGUGCAUAUGCGCCAGUAACAUUGUCAGCUGCUCCAAGAUGAACCUGACGAUGGUUCCAUCCGACCUGCCUAACUACACAGCUGUGCUUGACAUUAGUUUUAAUGAGAUAACCGGACUACGUGCACAGUGGACCAAGCACAAACUCCCCAAACUCCACAACCUCUUGCUCAGCCACAACGGUUUGUCGUUCCUCUCUUCGGAGGCGUUCGUUUUCGUAAGAAAACUGCGCUUCUUGGAUCUGUCGUCAAAUAAUCUGCGACAGCUAGACGAGUUAAUUUUCGAGCCACUGACAGAUCUGGAGGUUUUGCUGCUCUACAACAAUCACAUCUCGCAGAUCGACCGCACGGCCUUCUCGGGCCUCGACAGCCUGCAGAAGCUCUACCUGAGCCAGAACCUGGUGUCCCGCUUCCCCCUGGAGCUCCUCAAGGACAAGAACCGACUGGACAAGCUGAGCCUGUUGGACUUGUCUUCCAAUCGGAUCAAAGUUCUCCCCAUUCAUGACCUCCAGGCACUACCGGCCUGGAUCAAGAACGGGCUAUACUUCCACAACAACUCCCUCAUCUGCGACUGUGAGCUGUACAGUUUGAUGGCUCACUGGUAUAUCCGACGACUCAAUUCGGCUCUAGACUUCAAGGACGACCACACCUGUGUGCAUCCCGGCCCGGAUAAACGGGUGCUGCGUUUGUAUGAUCUCAACACUCAUAUGAAUUGCAGCACGUUUAAAGAAACUGACGAAGAAGCUUAUUUGGACCAGACACUCACCCUUGGCUGUGACACCCGGCAUCGGGACAUGUUAAAGACAUGGAUGCUACCUGGAAACAUCUUGUUAUCUCCUGGCAAUAACCACAGCGCUGUGGUUCUCCCAGAUGGCAGACUUGAGAUAAAAUCAAUCCGACCUGAGGACUCAGGUGUGUACACUUGCUUCGCCGUGAGUGAAUACCUCAACGAAACGCUCUACGUGGUGGUCAAAGUCCACAACUUUACCCUCAGUGGCAACGGCGACACCCUCAACACUGCUUACACCACCUUGGUGGGUUGCCUGGCUAGCGUGGUCCUGGUUCUUAUCUAUCUGUACCUGACGCCCUGUCGCUGCUUCUGCUGUCCCGACCAGGGCAAAUCGAAGAAUCAUCAUGAAGACAGCAUCCACUCCUCCAUGCUCAGCGCCACCCCGACGCACGACGAUAUGGCAACCAAAGCAGAGCUCAACAGGCACGUGGCCUUCAUAGACCCCAAGGACCUGCAGGGACAGAACGGAAAAGUGAAUCCUAAUGGAGAGGAAGAAGUAGAUGAGGAGGCCAUGCAGGGAAAAGGAAAGCGGAAGAAAUCGGUGGCAGACUCAAUUAGUUCUGUCUUUUCUGAUACUCCCAUUGUAGUCUGAGGGAGGAUGUGUAUUUUUGGCUGGAGACAGUUCAUUGUUGUGACUUUCUCGGACAAAGAGACUGAAGUACAGUUUGCCAUCCUCAGUGUUUGGCUGUUUCUGCAAAACCUUUCCAGCAUUUUAAUCUGUAGCACUUAAGUAUAUACUGUGAAAAGGUCUUGCCAUAUUAGUGGAAUCUAAACUUGGAGUGUUUAGAUGUUCCUGUGAGUUUAGGCCGACUAAGUGUGACUAGAGGUAGUCUGGGUAAACAUCACAUGCAAUCUGCAAUUUCUCAAUGAUCAAGCUAGGAGGCUAGGUUGAGAAACAUUAAUACAUCCACUAUAUAAUCGCAUCAUAAGCAUGAGCUUUGCAGACUGCUAAUGUUAAGAAGAAUAUAGCAUAGAAUGAAGCCCUUGUAGCUAAUCAUAUUUACCACCUUUAUGCUAACUGACCGACCUUACCACUUUAUGUAAAGCCAUAUGCCGUUGGUCACUGCAGGGGGAAAGCAAUGCACUUGAUAGUACAGUCACAAGAAAAUGAUGGAAAAGUAUCUGUCUCUAUGGCACAUUGCUAGUUUUUUUGUGAAUGAAAGAGUUGAACAGUGAACUGAGUGACUAUGUAACACCCAUAUGAUGAUACUUAUAUAAUUACCAAUUACUGAUAUAUGGCUAUGGAAAAAUAAAAUCCUUAUCAAACUGGAUUGGCUGGUUGAAUCUAGACUCUUUCCGUCCAAUUUCAUUAGCAAUUUUAGAUAGAUAUAUAUAAUUGUCUUUACAUUUAAAUGUUUGAUUCCAAUCACAAAAUUGUAACUACAUCUUACAGUAUAUCAAACUAUAUGUAAAUACAGCACCAAAAAAUUGUGAUUUUGGCUAACUCUCGCAAAAAUUCAUAGAAUCUGUCACGACACCCAGAAAGUGACAUAUAAUGCAAUCUUUUAAUAGAAUGGUGUGUCGCAUUCUCAUCUCUAAAGCUAUAAUGAUUUGAGCCUGGAUUGAUCAGCCAAAACAGUUUCGGACACUCAGACCUCUUCUCACUCUGCGUUCAUUUGCACUUGUGGUGGUUGGAGUCAGUGCUGACUCAUCCAUUGUCAGAAUGGAUGUCAUUUUUUUUUUUUUUUUUUUUUUUUGAGCCCUUGAAGCGCUGAUGUAAUCUUCAUCACAUAAAAGCCAAAGGCUGAGGGAUUUUUUUUUUUUUAACUUUAACCAUUAUAAUUUAAAUACGUUUUCUGAAUGAAUUAAAAUCAAGGUUGAACUCAGGUCAAAACGCGGUGAUUAGUCAAUCCCCCUCAUGUUCUUGUAUUCUAAAUUAUUACUACAGGCAUAUAGCAGUGAUCUCUCAAAGACCGAUAUUAUAGUUGAAUAAACAAUGCCAUAGGUAUCUAAAUGAGAAUGCUAUGAAUGACUCAUAAUGUAAUGCAUAAAGCUUGCCUGCUGUGCUCAAGGAAGAUGUGUGUAGAUCCAUUCCAAUCAUAUAUCAACAAUACGCAUUUCUGUUACAACAUUAUUGUCCUGGUGGACUUGAAAGCCAUGAUAAGGCUGUUCUAGAACGUCCAGCGUUGUGUACACCAUGUCUAGAACCCUUAAUUCUUGGAAUUCUGCUUCCAUUCUUCUGUUCCUGGAAAGAAAUCAGUCAAAUCUCAUGCGUUAACCAUAACCACAUAUUUAUAACAGGGUCUGAUUGGGUUCAGCAGGAGCAAUCUUAGUUUCCUUCGACCUCUUUCCCUAGUAACAUCGUAAUUACAUCCUGUUUUGCGAGCGAGGGAGUGGGUGAAGCUAUUAAAUGUUUGAUCGGUGGAUGAACUCACAAACAGUAUUAUCUCAGGGAGAGGGAAUGACAGAUAAUAGCAGCUAUGGCAGACUGCAGUCAUGGACAGUUGCGGUCUCUCUUACACAUCUCUCCAGCUGCAAUCCAAAAUUAGUGUUGAGGGGAGGGAAAGGCCUUACCAUCACAAGCACUGUGGGAGGAGGCCUGAGAUCUCUGUGGUCUGCUUGCAAAGAGAAAGAAAAGCCAAGUGCUCCCCCUAAAACCACAUGCAGCAGCUUUUCGCCCCCUGUCGUGUGUGUGUUCUUCUAAAGUGUGUCCUUGGCUAUUUCGCUACGAGCAGAGUUCUUGUGAAAGACCACUGUUCAUUACUCAGCAUUUGACAGUACAUCUGUGCUUUUUGUAUGUGUAAACAGUGUUUGUUUUUACAGUGUUUAUGAGAUUGUGUCAUUUUAGGUAGCCUUUUUCCCCCCUUGAGGUUCCAAAGAGACUGAAUUCCUUGUUCUUCUGUGUAUUGUUGUUCCUAUACAGUUGUCUAGAUUCCACUUGUGACUGUAGGAUAUUGGUAAACCUAUUUUAAUGACACUGACUGUAAAGGUUUUUUUCUGUCAUGUAUUUUGAAAUCUGAUCAUCUAUUUGUCUAAUACAUGUUGUUAUUUAGGCACAUAAAUUGAGAUUUUUUAGUGUCAGUAAAUUAAAUCUCAAGAAGCAUCACAGACUGUAUCAAGUACCAAAACUUUACAUUCAUUGUUGCAUUCAUUGUUUAAAUUUCUAAAGUCAGCGUGAAUCGCCGUUCUCAACCCAUUUGACUUUUGUAAUCAGCUAUAUUUCCAAUUGAAACAUGAUAUUCAACAAGAAAAAACAAUUUAGGAUAGGAAAUUGAUUGGAUUGUGAAAAGUGGCUGUUAUAACCCAUGUGACAUCCAUGAAAAAGUUGCAUCAGAGGAAGGUCAAGUUAGAGCAAUGAGUUUUUUCCUUGAAAUAACCAACAAAUCAUUCAAAAUAAAACAUGAAAUGUGCGUUAAGAAAGUAAAAAGGGUGAAUUUUGAUUUCUUGUUGACUUGCAGCCUCUCAGAAGGUCAAGAUGGACAAUAUUAGAAGUACUUCUGCUAAUGCUGACUCACAAAACUGUGCAAUAUUAGCUUUAGUACUGUUCACACAUAGUACGAUAACUAUAAAGGUUUAAUAGUCAUUCUAAUUUUUUGAGAAUAAUGGAGUCCAGACGUCAACAAUAACAAUAACGACACAGAAGAAUGAUAUCGUUGGAAUCACUUUCAGAUAUUUUCAAUUUGAUGAACGAUAAAAACAUUGACAACCAAUCAGAAUCCGUAGGGGUGGACACUAAUAUAGUUAUCAUUCUCGGUGUGAACGGGCCUAAAACUCUGCACUCUUGGUACUAGAGACUAUAUCAAGUCCCUUCUGUCCUAUGCUAACACAUGUAGACUAUUAAAACUCUAGAUUAACAGAACAGAACUCAAAACAAGCGAUCAUUGGGCAUUUUAUAGUUUGUGACAGUAAACUAUAUUUGAGCACAUAAAAACAGAGGUAAACCAACACAAAUCUACAAAAUCACAGUAAUGCAGACAUAUCAGUACCAAUUCUUAGUAAGCAAGAAUCCUGAUAUACUUAGAUUUUGCUAAUAAACCGUGCGAAUUCUAAAAGGUUUGAGAUCUAAAGUCUCAGCUAUCAUUACUAGUCUCUGAGAGCGAGAACAGAAAUGUCAGGUCCAGCAUUAGAGCUAGAGGCCUCGCUGUUAAAGCUUAUUUAGUCUGAAUGUCAAAUACGAGACUGAUGAGUGCCGGGUGGCGUGUAUUCCUGAAAACUGAAACUGAUUCUGGAUCAGCAGUCCACAUGGACGUAUACCUGUGAGAAGUAUUAUUUAUCAAUAAAAUAAAAAUGAAAUUGA